AUGAAUUUAGAAAAUAUAUCAUUAUCUGAAAAGACCAAAAAAAACCUGCAACGAGCAGGCUAUAACCAAUUAACCAAUAUUCAAUUACAAACCAUUCCGCUGGUAUUAGAAGGAAAAGACCUGAUUGCUCAAUCCCAAACCGGAACCGGCAAAACCGCUGCUUUUAUUAUUCCAAUUUUGGAAAAAUUAGAAGUAAUUUCUAAACCACAAGUGCUGAUUUUAGUUCCCACGCGGGAAUUAGCUUUACAAGUGAGCGAAGAAGCCCGAAAGUUAUCCCCACAUAGUAAUUUGCAAGUAGCGGCAGUUUAUGGUGGGGAACCAAUUUACAAACAAUUACAAGCCUUUCGGCGGGGAGUUGAUGUCAUAAUAGGCACCCCAGGACGAAUUAUUGACCAUAUUUUUACUCGAAAAAGUUUUCAUUUAGACCAUUUAAAAUUUGUGGUUUUGGACGAAGUUGACGAAAUGAUUGGCAAAGGAUUUUUAAAGGAAAUUGAAAAAAUAAUAAAAAAGGUUCCAGAAAAACGCCAAACUUUACUUUUUUCGGCUACUAUUUCUCCGGAAGUAGAGAGAUUUGCCCGAAAAUUUGCCAAAAACCCGGCCCUUAUUACUAGCAAAAAUGAUGACUUGCCCAGCAAUACUGAACAUUACUAUUUAGAAGUAAAUUCCUCUCGACAAAAAACCCAUAAUUUAAUUGAUUUUCUUUCAUCGAGCCAACUAGGCUCAGUAAUUGUUUUUGCUAAUACCAAAAGAAAGGUCGAAGAAAUAAAAAAUAGUUUGUUGGAUAAUCGUUUGCGAGUUGAUUAUAUUCAUAGUGAUUUGUCACAAAACCGAAGAACAAUAGUUUUUCAAAAAUUUCGGGCUAAGAAAAUUUCUUUAUUAAUUGCUACUGAUGUGGCCGCGCGGGGCUUAGACAUUAAGGAUAUUUCCUAUGUUAUUAAUUACGACUUUCCGCAAAACCGUGAGUUUUAUAUUCAUCGAACCGGACGGACCGGACGAGCCGGAGCUAGUGGAAAAGCCAUAACUUUUGUUAAUUCUUCAAAGGAAAAAAGUCAAUUAUUAGCCAUUGCCCGACAAAGAAACUUUAAAGUAGCAAGAUUUACUAGUCCACAAGCCUAA